AUGUACGAAAUAAUCAAUUCUAUUGGAUAUAGUCUCCUGUUCAUAUUUGGUCUUUAUAUUGCUGGAGGAAAGUUCCCAAGAGAUCAUCCAGAGACAAUCAAGAGAAGGGUUAUGUCCGUCUUUGUGACUGGCACUAUUUCCAUGAUUCAUGUGUUAACUUUCAUCCAUCUCCCUGAGCAUCCUGUGUUUCAGUUAUCCUCUUAUGAGCUCGGAAAAGUCUUUCUUAGAUCAGAUGGGCUUCUGGAAGCUAUCGUCAUCUCUGUUACUCUAACUCUGGUUUUGUAUUUCGGAGUAAUUUUAGAUGACAUAUGCUGUGGAUACAUAUCAGCCCUUUUCGAUGCUGAAUAUUGGAAAAGUCGAGUACUGAAUUGGAUGGGUUUACGAAAUUUCAUCAUAGCUCCAAUGUUUGAAGAAUUUGUCUUCCGGGCUUGUAUUACAUUUCAUUUACGGCCUCUGUUCUCUUCGUGUAUUAUGCUUUGCUUUGUUAGUACACUAUUUUUCUCUCUAGCGCAUCUUCAUCACAUUUUUGAGUCAAUUCGAAAUGGUCAAGAUUUUCAAUCUGCAUUUAAAAGUUCACUUUUUCAAGUAUUCUACACAACUUUAUUCGGUAUGUACUCUGGUUUCCUAAUGCUGAGAACUGGUAAUAUUGCCGCCAGUAUUGUAACGCAUUCCCUGUGCAAUUUCUUCGGUUUACCAGAUCCAAUAGGUGCUAUUGAAAGAGGAAAAUAUCAUUGGGGUUUAUUAGGUCAAAUCAUAGCAAUUGUCACGCACCUUUUAGGAUUAUUUUUAUGGGCAUAUUUAUUAUUCCAAUUAACUGAAACUAAAUGGUCUUUUUUAAAUGAUUGUAAUUGGUCUUAUUGA